AUGAUUCCCAAAUUAAUGUGCACAGCCCAAGCAAACCAAUCAGAUCAGAUGGUUGGACCAACCAAUCAAAACUCACAGGAGAUUCUUGGCGUAUUAGUCGGGGCUACCGGGUGCACAAUGCUGGAAUUAGCGCACUCGUCCCAUAAUGGCAAGUUAAUCAAUGGACACCUACAUCAAGACAAAUUGAUAAACAAGCUGGAUGCUCACAGGCUCAAUAACCUUGACUACAGAGGUGACAGUACACGCUAUCGAAUGAUUCAAACAAAUUCACCCAGGAAAAUGCACGUACUGAUGCCGGUCUAUCAGCAGUGGCCUACACAAUCUCUGCCAUCAAAAGGACACGAAAAAUGUACUCUUGGAUUCGGAGGACACACAUACCCGCCUUUGACCACAUUAGAUAAUCCAAAUGAUCCGGAAGUGGCCGAUGACAAAUCACCGACCGAUUUCCCGGAACCAUUUAAAACAGUUGACUUCCCAGUAGCAUCUGAAGAAACCAUCUUGCCACAAAAGGAACCUGAGGAAAAAAAAAGUCCACUACCUACAGAGCUGAUUGAAGACCAUCGUCGCUUUGGUCAAAGCGAAUGCAGUGUUUGUUGUGUCUUUCAGACACACAAUCGGAUUCUACUGAUGUGGUUGACGCUGCUGUCUGCGACAGUACUAUAUAACUUGUGGCUUCCAGUAGCCAGACAGGCGUUCUAUCGCCUCCAGGAGGAAUAUGUGGUCAUGUGGACUUUGUUAGACAUCAUGGCAGAUCUCGUCUACUUACUGGAUAUUGUGGUUCAGAUGAGAUCACCUUAUCUGGAUUACGGCUUGGUGGUUGUCAAUGGACGUAAGAUGAUUAAACAUUAUACAAAGUCCCGAAAUUUCCGGUUGGACGUUAUUUCAUUGCUUCCUCUGGAUUUGAUUCAAAUCAAAAUUGGUAUGCAACCGCUCCUUCGGUUUCCACGGUUCCUGAAGGUAUACCGUGCCCUAGAAUGGAAAAAUAUGGUAGCCAAUCUAACACCGUUUCCGAACACCUGGCGGGUGGUCAAUCUUAUGCAUGUCAUGUUUUUGGGAUGUAACUGGUGUGCAUGUGCCUACUACGCUAUAUCAGCCUACCAAGGAUUUCGUGGCAAGUGGGGUUACACCCAAAAGUCUGAUAACACCACCAGCCUUGCUCAAAUUUAUCUGCAAUCAUUCUACUGGGCGAACCUUGCACUUGCUACGAUUGGUAUUCAUGAGGCACCUGAAACCAACAUUGAUGUCGUAGAGCAACGAGUUGCUCAACAGAGGUGUAUUGAUUUACUUCACGAUGGCACUCAUGGUCAAUUUGAUGGAGCUGCAACUAUUCAUAACUCAGAUCAACAGGCGAUCAACUAUUAUCCUCGAGCCCGUUUGACAACUACCUCGGUUUCGUUAACAUCACACUUACCGGGGACCGAAUAUUCGGAAUGUAUCUGCUCUCCUACACAGGCAAUCGGAUGGAGAGUGGCAGAAUCAGAUAUUGCGCAAAUGAGUGUAACAAAUGAUUCAUACUUGAACGAGAAUAUCGCCGCUGUCAAUCCGGAACUGCAGGCUGAUGAAUGGGUACCAGCUGACGCAAGCCCGCCCUCGCCCACACUAAUCAAAAUUCAACAGCUGGUGAAUCAAAAGUCCCUGUGUGGCGAAUUUUGUCUGUUCACAGCGUACAGCAAAGUUUUGCGUAUCUGGCUUUCAUUGGUGUCCCUCGCAGUGUUGUACAAUUUGUGGUUACCAAUAGCUCGACAAUCAUUCUACCAAAUACAAACCAGGUAUUUCCUAUUCUGGCUGGUACUAGACGCAGUAGCGGACUUUAUUUAUCUAUUGGACAUAUUUGUGCAAAUGGGAACGACCUAUUUGGAAUUCGGAAUUCCAGUGCUCAAACGACGUAAAAUCGUAAAACAUUACAUGAAAACCUUUGGGUUUCGCUUAGACCUUCUAUCGUUGCUUCCGUUGGAUCUAAUACAAAUCAAGGUUGGAACACAGCCUAUGCUUCGCUUUCCACGGUUUAUCAAGUUCUAUCGUUUCCUGGAGUGGAAAAUGUCAAUUGGGCACUUGUGCAGAAUUCCAUGCAUAUGGCGCCUGUUUCACUUGUUUCAUUUGUUGUUCCUGGGUUGUCAUUGGUGUGCUUGCCUCUAUUUUGACGUGUCCGCUUUCGAGCAGUUUAAAAGUACGUGGGGAUUCGUUCCCCAAGACGGUUCGAACACCACGCUUUUUCGUGUUUAUUUGGUGUCCUUCUACUGGGCCACCUUAGCGCUCGCCACAAUUGGAAUUGAUGAACCACCAACUACUACUCUCGAGUAA